AUGGAGAAGGUGGAGGAGUGUGUUGUUCGUAAUUUGUGGGGGUCCUCUGAUUGUAAUUGGUCAGAGUUAAAAGCUGGAGGGCUUUUAGGAGGCUUACUUACGGUAAGGAGGAGUGGUGCGAUUGUUCCAAUUGCAAGCUUUAAUGCUCGUGGUUUGUUGGGUAUUAAUGCAUUGUGGAAAGGUACCAAUUGUUACUUUAUUAAUGUCUAUUCUCAUUGCCUUAUCCGGGACAAGAGAAUUUUGUGGUUGAAGCUAUUGGAUUGGAAGUUUAGAUUUCCAGCAGGGGAGUGGAUUAUGGGUGGUGACUUUAAUGCGGUAAAAUCUGUAGAGGAAAGAAGAAGCUUGUCGCAGGGAAGCAGGAUUGAAAUGGAGGAACACUUGAAUUUUUUGAGUCUUUUGGAUCUUACGGAUCUUCCAUUGGUAGGAAACAAAUAUACUUGGAUUAACUCUAAUGGAAAAGCAAGGAGCAGGAUCGAUCAGAUAUUGCUGCCUGAAGGAAUUAUAAAUUUUUGGAAGGCUGUGGCGCAGGUAUCGGGUAAUAGGGAUAUUUCAGAUCAUAUACCUGUGACGGAUAUUAAGCAGUUUGUCCAUACUUUUUUCAAGCUUAAAUUUAAGGAUGGUCAUCAACCAAGACCUCGUUUUGUUGGUGAUGAGUUUAAUAGGCUGAAUCAGGUGGAGAGGGAUGGGCUGGGGGUGGAGUUCACAAGGGAUGAAAUCAAAGAGGUUAUUUUCAGUGGUGACGGAGAUAGGAGUCCAGGGCCCGAUGGAUUUAAUUUGGCUUUUCUGAAGCAUUGUUGGGAAUUUUUUGGGGAUGAGAUUGUUCUCGUCGUGUAG